AUGAAUUUCUUCAGGAAAGAACCAACUGUCAAAGAACAACAAAGGCAAAAUGAUAGGGAGCUUCGGAAGGCUGCCAGAGACUUGGACAGAGACAAGAAUGCCCUUGAAAGAGAAGAGAAGAAACUGGAAAUGGAAAUUAAAAAAAUGGCUAAAGAAGGAAAUAAUGAAGGAUGCAAAAUAUUAGCCAAACAACUGGUGCAGUUGAGAAAACAAAAAAAUAGAAUAUUUACUGCUAACAGUAAAAUAUCAAAUGUUCAGCUCCAAAACAAGACAAUGGGUGCAAACAUAGCCAUAGCAGGUGCAAUGGGAACAACAGCUAAGACUAUGGGCAGCAUGAAUAAAGUGAUGAACCCACAUCAAAUUGCGAAAGAUAUGGAGGCAUUUAGACAAGCCAAUGCAAAAAUGGACAUGACAGAUGAAAUGAUUUCAGAUACAUUGGAUGAUAUCAUGGAUGAGUCAGGUGAUGAACAAGAAACCGAGGGCAUUGUGAAUCAAGUGCUUGAUGAAAUUGGCAUUGAGAUCAGUGGAAAGAUGGCCGAUGCCCCAGCAGUUGCACGUAAUAAAAUCGGAGCUUCCACUACAGAUGAAGACAAAGAAAUCAUGGCUCAACUCGCGAGACUUAAGUCUACUUAA